AUGCUGGCAGCUCCCUCCAACAACCCGGUCCGCCGGUUCUCCUCUCUCUUUUCACUGGGCUCGCCAAAGCCUGAAGAGAAACGCUCUUCCGCCAAAUCACCUCAUGUACAGUCCCGCUCUUCAUCGGUACACUCGACGCCUCUUCAGGAACAACGUCUAGCUGAACAGACUCAGGCAUUGAGCCUGAAUCCACGAAAUGUCUCAGCCCCUCUGCCGGGUGAGAACGCAUACCAAACCUACACUCCUCCACCGCGUUUAUCCAGCCUCAACCCAGAUCUGGCCAGUCCAGGUUCGCCGGAUGCUCACAGUCGUAGCCAGAGCUGGAGCGAUGCAAUCCCACGAUUCAAUAAACCUGGUUCAAGGCCGAGCUCGGGACUCGGAGUUUCAGGAGUGACUGAUCUGUGGGACGAAGCUGGAGAUACUUAUGUCUACCUAUUCCCGCAAAACUCUGGCCGCCCGCCCUCAUUCAAGGUCGACUCCUCCAUUUUCUCUGCCUCCGGGGCCCUCACCCUCCUCGCCCGCGAAUCCGCAAACUCAUCUCCUCCACAAUCUACUCGUGGCGGACCGCAAGGCGGCCAACUUCAUGAUCCUAACUCCUCUUCCCCUACUCUUUCGGCACGGAAUGGAUCGAGCUAUGACGAUGGAUCAGAUGGACGAUCCCAAGAUGGUUUUCUGGACGACGAUUCGCCAGAACUCCAUCUUUACUUACCUGUACCAUUAACUGGCGAUCUGCCCUGUGGCCAAGAGAAACCUGUCCUUUCUGCCGAUGAUGUUGAUAUGCUAGUGCUUUUCCGUAACUUGUUUGCUUUUCUUAUCGGCCAGGCACUGAUUGCAACACCACGCACACCUUCUAUCUUUGGUAUAUUCAUUGAAGUAUCUGGCCUGCUAGAUCGAUUCGGGUUCACGAAUUUAGACCAGUCAACAUUCGGAGAGACAGCUACCACGAGCUUUGGCUGCUAUUGUGAUGAGCUGGAUUUGAUCGACGUUCGUGCGUCGAGAGAACGUGCGUUAGAUGCUAUCAUACUUGGUGAACGCAUGAAGUACCUACCUCUAUACCAGGAGGGGUUCACUCACGGAGUUGCAGUGUUGGACGACCUAAAGAAGUUUGAAGCCAAGUAUAACUCCGUUUCACCCGUGACACGGAAGAGGUUGGAACGAGGAUACCUCGACCUGGAGAACCGUAUAAGGACCUGUGCUGCGAAGAUUGAGGAGUUUGAUUUCCCUUCUUUGUUUUCCGGUAUCGCCAACUCGAAUAUCGCAAAUGAGGCCAAAGUUAUCCGCUUCAAGAACUGGAAGAAUGCAUAUCUAGGCUACAGAAAGAAUGUUAUGAAUUACUACCGCGCCCGUUUCGGCUCAUGGCCUCCAAAAGCCAACAAGAAGAACCAGUUUCAGGAAAGUGGGCUCAACCGCGUGGUCCUUCGAGAGCUUUACCAAGAUUUCUGCGACCUUUAUGACAUGCUCGCUGAUCGUACAGACCUUACUACUCGCUCUGCGGACAUGACAACCUCAGUCUUCAAGGCUGAAGACUCAAAUUCCACCUCUCAAGCCCUCCGACAGAUCAUGUCAGAGUAUGACCGCAGUACACCACCCGUUCAGCCGCCGAUUCCCUUCGACAUCCCACGCUUACCAUCGAUCCAUUCCAUACGACGCAAGCUAGACCCAAAGCACGAGGUUAAGGAGCGUGGCAAGCGCCUCUCGACCGGAGAAGUGAAUGAAAUUCUCGUGUCUAGUUACAAUCAUUCCAGCAUGAAACCGACUCCCUUCUUAGAGAACUUCAUGAACUAUGAACGUCGUGUUGGCCAUGGAAAAUGCGCCGAUGAGCUAGCGGAUAUGCGUUGUGGACAGUGGCUUUUCAUGUACGCUGUGGUGCAGUCCUUGCCUAUGCUUGUCGUUGACGCGCCGGACCUCAGAUGCACGCAUGGCGUGGAAUAUUUCCUCUGCAUACCACCCCGCGGUGGGUCACCUUGGUGUGCUUCUGAUCCAAAGAAUGGCAAGAAGUGGUUUGGUGUCGCUGGCGGGUCAGGCGUGGUUAAUCUGCCGUCUGAUGUGGUUGCGAAUGGUGUUGAUGCCGUUUUUAGGCGCAGUCACUGCUGGGAUGUUGCGCUGAAGUGGGCAGAUGAGCAACAGCUGAAUUCUUCCGUCAUGUUGGACCCUGCCACACAGCCGCCAGAGGAGCCGCAGCAACCACCGCCACCCCCCCCACAGAGCCAGUCCCCACAACAACAAUAUCAAGCAUAUCCUCAGUACCCUCAAGCACCACAGCCAUAUCAACAACCGCAGUACCCGCAGCAGCCACAGUAUCAACCACCACAAUACACCCAACAGCCGCAGUAUCCCCAACAGCCACAGCAGUACCAACCAUACUCACAACACUACCAACAGCCUCAAUAUCCUCCGCAACAAUACCAACAUUAUCAACAUCCAUCUCUCUCCAUCUCAACCCCUGAUCAAUCUAUUACCGGCUCCCUCCCACCAGCAGGCGCUCCAAACGCCUAUCCAACACCUGUCCAGGGUCAAAACUUCCAUCCAUUUCCUUACCCACCGCCUCUCUCGUCGACCGGCUCCUCCUCAGACCGCCAGCCCACCCCACUUCUCACACCAGGCGAUGUCACGCCUCCUACCCUACCCAUGCUUAAUCUCCAGCCCCCCAGCGCGCCUUUUGCUCGCGGUGCUGGAACUCCAGGAAAUCGCUCGUCGAUAUACAUGGGCCUCGAAGCCUUACCGUUACCCGCUGGCGUCACUCCGGUUGAUCCAUCCGCAAGAUCAGCAAACCAUAACCCAGAUGCAAGUUUCGAUCAUAUCCUACAGGGUGUCGCACAGCCUAAUAAUAACAAGAAGAAGAAAAAAUGA